AUGUCUCGUCCAUCCGGUCUCAUCGCCAACAAGGGCAUCGAACUGCUCACGUUCGGAACGCCCAACGGCCACAAAGCGAGCAUAAUCCUGGAGGAGCUGAAGGAGAAGUAUGGGCUGGAGUACACGGUGCAGAGCAUCAAUAUCAUGGAGAACAUCCAGAAGGAGCCGUGGUUCACCAAGCUCGGUCCCAACGGACGUAUCCCCGUGAUUGUGGAUCACGACAACGACAGCUUCCCUGUGCAAGAAGGCGCUGCGAUCCUGGCAUAUCUGACACGCCACUACGACCCCGAACAUGAGUUCUCGUUUGCGGAUCCCAAGGAUCUAUCACGCGCCGAGCAAUGGGUGGCAUGGCAGCACGGCGGACUCGGCCCCAUGCAGGGCCAGGCCAACCACUUCUACCGGCUGGCCAAAGAACGCAUCCCGUACGCGACGCAGCGCUACGUGGGCGAGACGGAGCGCCUCUACGGCAUCCUCGACGCGCGCCUCGCCGACCGCGACUACCUCGUCGGCCCCGGGCGCGGCAGGUACAGCAUCGCCGACAUCGCCAACUUCAGCUGGGUCAACUUCAGCGCGCUGCUCGGCAUCGACCUCGCGGCGCAGUUCCCCAACCUGCACCGGUGGUGGGAGCGCAUCGACGCGCGCCCGGCGGUGCGCAGGGGCGUCGACGUGCCGGCCGAGAGCUCCAUGACCAACAGGGGGUACGCGAAGAAGCUGGAGACGGACGCCGAGUUCAGGCAGAAGGCGGACGAGUUCGCGGAGCUGGGCAGGAAGGCGAAGGAGCAGUACGGGUACAAAUACAGCUCUCCGUGA